AUUAAAACUCCACUUUGGAUUUGUUAAGAUGGAAAUAAGCCCAAAUAGACACUCGCUUAAACCCUGCCUUAGCUGGAGAACGGGUCCAUAAUGGGCCGUACAACUCGGCCCACAGAGAUCUCCGCCGGUCCGUUUAUCACCAGUAAUCUUUUUUGCCCCAACUUUUGUUCACUCCCCUUCCUCUCACAAUUCGCCGUCAGUAAGCAGCCCGAUCCAGCGAAGCCCCUUUCUCAUUUUCUGCAGAGCUUCUCCAACCUCCGGCAACGAAUUGGCGAAAAGUGAACUCAGUGACUAGGCCGGCGGCAAGUCUUCUGUGACAUCUUUGAGCUAGAGUUUCAGGUGAGAUGAAACUGAUUAUCCGGGCCUUGCAGACUCCUAAAAUCGGCGUGUAUGGAGUAUUCAGGACAUUUUCGACACAUAAAGAAUCACUCCAAGGUACUUAUGAUGCCUGGAAAUCGAACGCAGCUGAAUCGCCUGAUUAUUCUGACCGUGCAAUGUUUGGGGAUAUUUUUGAAAAAGGAGAAACUUCUAAUUCAUUUUAUCGGAAAGUAGAUAGAGUUGAGAAGGCUUACAUUGACAGUUAUGGACCAAGUAGAUUCAUAGCUGGAAACUUAUCUGGAAGGAAUACCAACUCUAACACUGAAGGCAGAUCUUCAUUUCACCAAGAUCUUGACGUAAGUUUUACCUCAACAGAAGAUGGGAUGGAUGCGAAGUUGAAAGAGGCAGCUAACGAUUUUGAAGUUAAUGAUGAAAUAGAGAACGAGGAAGAAUUCCACUUCAGGCCAGAUGUGGAAUUUCAUGAAGGAAAUACUUACGAUACGAAAGAUCUUGAUCUUAGAAGACCAGCAGUUCAAAAGCCUAUGAAAAGGUAUGAGUUUGAAACAACUACCGAGGAAGUUCUACAAAAAGCAGACUUCAGGGUGAGUAUCCAUCUGCAUCAAAAUUGUGUUUGCAUGUACAUGAACAGUUUUGUCUCUGUUUGGACUUUUUUCUUAGUGCUUUGAUUCCAUUGUGGUGUGAGCCUCAGAUCAUAGAGUGUGUACCAUUGGCUUAUUGCAUUUAAAGUAUUCGUCAAUGAACUGCUAAUACUUGCAAAUUUCCUGUUUUCUCAGAAUGUGAGGUUUCUUGCCAACUUCAUCACUGAAAGUGGUAUCCUAAACAAGAGGAGCAAGGUAAGAAAUGUACUGAUAUAGCAAACUGUGAAGCUGUAACAUACGUGAUAUAGGACCUAGUAUUGACUUGGAAUUUCCUGUCUAUCUAUAGACUCGAAUUAGUGCCAAGGCCCAGAGAAAGAUAGCCCGAGAAAUUAAGACUGCCCGUGCUUUUGGUCUAAUGCCAUUUACUACAAUGGGAACCAAACGGUUUAUGUACGGAAGAACAAUGGAGAAUAUGGAUGAAGAUUUUGAACAAUGGAGAACGUACCGUCCCAACAGUUUUGUUGACUUGGACGGGCCUGGAGGUUCUUUUGCUGCCUGAGUUAUCACUACUUAUGUUCUCCAUUUUGCUUUGCUUGUGCUCUCUGUAGCUUGCUUGGUCUUAAAGACUGAAAUUGCAGUGUAUUUUCUUGAUUUGUAUUUCUGGAUUGUGCUGUACAGUUAGGCACCUUCUUGAUUAUCCCUCUAUAUCCAGUAAUGAUGGUAACAUUUCUGUGAUGAAACUACAGAUAUUGGCUAGGGAUAGUAUACUUGGAAGGAAGUGAUAAUAUUUCCUUAGUAUUUAGAAAAUAAAACUGUCAAGCAUCUUUCAUACACCGCAAGAAAAUGGUUGCGAAUCAAAGUACUUUACGCCAGAACUAGAGUCGUCUGUUACAUAUUCAAGUUGCCCUAUCCUCUAUUUUCUGAUGCAGGUGGUUCAAUCUCGUUUCUGGUAAUCCGCUGUUUCACAUACUGUUCCUCAGAAGGAAACAAAGUAAAAUUUUAAGUUCAACGUUCAGUAAGAGUUUGUACCCUUGUUAAUAGUCAAAGACACAGAUUCAAGAACCUUAAUUUAACAAUGAACCCUGGCCAGUAACGUUGCACAAAAGAGUUCGUAUCCUUAUUAAUAAACAUCGUAACAUCUUCUACUAUAUCUAUUUACAAGCCGCAACAACCAGAGACACACAGUUACAUAGAUACAGAAAGAACCAAUAAAACAAGAAUCAAAAUAGGAGGACAAAGAAUGAGGGGAAAAAAAUUCCUUAAACAAGGACGACGAAAAGAAGGCCUAGAAGCACACCAAAGCACAAGGGAUAUGAAAAUCUACACAAACUCAAAGCGCAUCAAAAGCCUCACGGAGGGGUAUUGCUCUCCUUUUUGAUUACAGAGUGGAACUGCAUGGAUCCCUGGCCUCAAUUCCGAGACUGGUAGGCAGUUUUGGCCAGCAAAAUCAUCCUUCUCAGACAUGUCAUACUCAUGCACUUCGAUUCGGAGCAAAGCUAGCUCAGGAACAGUCAAUGGGAAGGUGAAUUCUUCCUCCCAGACAGGGGUCCACUUAUCCUCUUUUGUCUUGGUUUUCUUCAUUACUGUAUCAGCAGGCACUCCGGAUAUACCCACCUUAAGCAAAUUGUGGACCGUGUAUGAGCUUUAGAAGUGUGUUUCUAAACACUUUCCAAGUGAUGUAGGAAAUUAAAAGUUGAUAAUAACUCACCCUAGUGUAGAAAUCGGGUGGAGAAUACAUAUCGAAGUGAGUUUGCUUAAAAUCCAAAUGCCAACCGUCUCCCAUGUAGACUUUA